AAGAUUCAUUUGUAAUCAGCCUUCUGUCACCAACUGCUUGGAAAACAUGUCUUGUGUAUACAGGAUCCUCCGUGGCUCUGGUUCCAAUGGAAUAGGAACUUCUCUUGUGUUGGCAGCUGAUAGUUUCUUUUUCCAUAAUAUCAGUUCACAUGAAGUGUUGAUAUUUUUAGUGCUAUUUCUCAUCUCAAACUCUUGGUAGUGUAAAUCAAAAUAAAAGUAUUGUCUGAUCUAGUUCUUCUUAGAGUCACCUACCUUGGGCACACACCACAGAAAACACUGCUGGAAGAGGCCUGACCAGGCAAACUGGCAAAGAUGUAGCCAUGCUUGCACUGGCUCUGAAGCACAGCACCUGUUUGGGCAGGCAACAGUGGAGUAGCAAGAACCACCACCAGAACCAUCCCUUCCUUCCCAGAGAGCAUGGCUGCUGUUGCUGCUGCUGCUGAGGCACCCUGGUUCCUCCUGUGUCACUGCUGGAAUUUCAAAUAUUCAUAACUAAAUUGGUGAACUUAUUCCUCCUUGAUGACUCAAAAAUGGAACCCAUAUCUUUCAAAGUUAAAAAUCCUGAAGCAGCCAUUGAUGGCUCUGUUGACUUCAGUCUUCAGCUUGUAGGUUCUCUGCCAGUACAUUCUCUAACAACCAUGACAGUGCUCCCUUGGAUUGUGGCAGAAAUUCGACAGAUCAGUACACAAUCCUUGAAAGAAGAGCAAGGCACCAGCCAAAUCCGACUUUAUGUCUCACCAGCCAGGCUGCGCUGUGAAGCAGACUCAGGAAAAAGCCAACAGUGGGAUCCUCUGAUUUGUUCCAGCCUCUUUGAGUGUAGACCACAACACGUCCAUAAACUGAUUCACAACAGUCAUGAUCCGAGCUACUUUGCUUGCUUAAUAAAAGAUGGAACAAUAAAUCAACAAAGUAUUUGUUACGUUUUCAAAGCUGAUGAUCAGACAAAAGUGCCUGAGAUUAUAAGCACCAUCAGACAAGCUGGGAAGAUUGCACGUCAAGAAGAAUUUCAAAAUAACCUUUCGGAUGUUGAAGAUCCUUUUAGCAAAAAAUUUGAGGUGCUGUUCUGUGGCCGAGUAACAGUAGCACACAAAAAUGCACCACCGGCACUCAUAGAUGAAUGUAUUGAAAAAUUUAACGAUGUUAGUUAUACCAAAAAGUUGGACUCUGAUUCAUUUUCCCAACAACAUGAAACUGCCAGCCACUCUGGAGGAUUUUCCAUAAGUGAUAAAUUCCGAUCUGUCUUCCAACCCUUGGCUAAUGAAGAACAAGAGACGAGGCCAAUGAGGAAAUCCUACUCUCAGCCUGGACUGCGUUCUUUUGCGUUCAAAAAAGAUUUGCAAGCUGGGAGCCCAAGGAAUCACAGCUUUGCCAGAUCCUUUGAUGAUGAUGUUGUUUCUCUGAACUUAAAAAGUCAGUUUAUCCGUGGACAAAAUGUGCAGCCCACAGAUAUCGCAGGGAACCGGAUUAUGUUGUUCACGAUUGGCCAGUCUGAAGUUUACAUCAUUAGUCCGGACACCAAAAAAGUAGUUAUUGAGAAAAGCUUUAAGGAAAUUUCCUUUUGUUCUCAGGGAAUUAGACAUGUGGACCACUUUGGUUUUAUCUGCAGAGAGUCAUCAGAAAAUAGAGGAUUCCAUUUUGUCUGUUACGUGUUUCAGUGUACAGAUGAAGCUCUGGUUGAUGAAAUCAUGAUGACCUUGAAACAGGCAUUCACAGUAGCUGCAAUCCAACAAAAUCCCAAAGCACAAUUCCAGCUCUGUGAGAGGUGUCCCAUGCAGAGCCUUCAUAAACUCUGUGAGAAGGUAGAAGGGAUGCAUCCUUCUAAAACUAAACUAGAAAUCCAAAAGCAUUUAACGACACUGAAUAACCAGGAGCAGGCCUCAGUCUUCGAGGAAGUUCAGAAAAUAAGGCCAAAAAAUGAACAGAAAGAGAAUGAGUUAAUAAUCUCUGUCCUGAGAACUAUGUAUGAAGAAAAACAGAAGGAUCACGUUCACCUUGGUGAAGCCAAGCAGAUAUCACAGUCUUCAGUAGAGGCCAUGGGAAAUGAAAUACCAAGCAGCACACCACGUUUCAGACUAGACAUGUUGAAGACCAAAGCUAAAAGAUCACUAACAGAGUCCUUAGAAAGUAUUUUAUCUCGAGGAAAUAAAAGCAGAAGUCAGCUGGAAAGUUCUGGAAGUACUGAUUUGGACAGCUCCUUAUCUAGCACACUAAGUACAAUGAGCAAAGAAACAUCCGCAUGUGAGGGAGAAGACCUCCUUCUCACAGAGAGUCCUUUGAAGACAAAUGGAUCAGUAAAUAAUGUAUCAGUUGAGUCAGAAACCCCAAUCACUGAACAGCCUACAAAGUCAGCUUAUCAGGGCUUUAGACGACGAGCAAAUACCCUGACCCAUGUUCCAACUGAAAGCCAAGACUGUUCACAACCUUCUGAAGCAUCUCCAUCUGUCCCUCAAAGGAAACUUAUGAGGUAUCAUUCUGUGAGCACAGAGACUCCUCACCAGCAAAACAGCUCUAACCCUUCUGCUGAUCAGUCAAUGCCAGCUCCUCCUCCUCCUCCUCCUCCUCCAGUUCAUCUUAAGCCCUCGGCCUCCUCACCCAAUUUCUUAAAACAUCUUAGGCCUAAUUCAAGUGGAGAACAAAACAAGCGUACAGUGCCAAAGAGCACCUCCUACCGUUCUACUCUACGGAAAAAGCUUCACUCUUCCUCUUCUGUGCCAAACUUCUUAAAAUUUCUGGCUCCUGUAGAUGAAAAUAACACCUCUGACUUUAGGAACAGAAAAAGUGAUUGCAAGCCCAAGACAAGUGAAGCAGAUUCUUUCUAUGAAAGUCCUGUAAGAACUCGUCGGCAUUCAUGGAGACAACAGAUAUUUCUAAGAGUAGCAACACCACAGAAAGGAUGUGAUUCUACCAGCUGGCAUGAUGACUACUGUGAGUUGGGAGACCUUCCACCCAGAUCACCCCUGCUACCUGUUUGUGAAGAUGGCCCCUUUAGGACAAUAAAAGAAGAGCGAAAAAGGACAUCCAAAGAGCUUCGGGAACUAUGGCAAAAAGCCAUUCUACAGCAGAUACUACUACUUAGGAUGGAAAAAGAAAACCAGAAGUUGCAAGCUUCUGAAAACAAUCUGUUAAACAAACGUCUGAAGCUUGACUAUGAAGAAAUCACCCCUUGCCUCAAAGAAGUAACAUUGAUUUGGGAAAAAAUGUUAGGGACUCCAGGAAGAUCAAAGACGAAAUUUGACAUGGAAAAAAUACAUUCUGCUGUUGGGAAAGGAGUCCCUAGGCAUCACCGAGGUGAGAUAUGGAAGUUUUUAGCAGAACAAUACCAGCUUAACCAUCAGUAUACCAAUAAACAGCAACCAAAGGAUACACCAUACAAAGAACUUUUAAAACAGUUAACCUCCCAGCAGCAUGCAAUACUUAUUGACUUAGGUCGCACCUUUCCAACACAUCCAUAUUUCUCUGCCCAGCUUGGAGCUGGACAGCUGUCAUUAUACAAUAUCUUGAAAGCUUACUCCCUCCUGGAUCAGGAAGUAGGCUAUUGCCAGGGCCUUAGCUUUGUAGCUGGUGUGCUGUUGCUUCACAUGAGUGAAGAAGAGGCUUUCAGGAUGCUCAGGUUCCUUAUGUUUGAUAUGGGCCUUCGGAAGCAGUAUCGACCUGACAUGACCAUUUUACAGAUCCAGAUGUAUCAACUUUCUCGACUUCUUCAUGAUUACCACCGAGAUCUUUACAAUCACUUUGAAGCGCAUGAAAUAGGACCCAGUUUAUAUGCUGCCCCCUGGUUUCUUACAAUGUUUGCAUCUCAGUUUCCCCUGGGAUUUGUGGCUAGAGUAUUUGACUUACUAUUUCUCCAGGGAUCAGAAGUCAUAUUUAAAGUGGCUUUAAGCCUUCUGGGGAGCCAUAAACCCUUGAUUCUACAGCAUGAAAACCUGGAAACCAUAGUUGAUUUUAUUAAAUGUAUUCUUCCUAACCUGGGCUUGGUACAGAUGGAAAAGACUAUUAAUCAGGUAUUUGAGAUGGAUAUCUCUAAACAACUGCAGGCUUACGAAGUUGAAUACCAUGUACUUCAGGAUGAACUGAUAGAUUCUUCUCUCAGUGACAAUCAGAGGAUGGAUAAGUUAGAAAAUGCAAACAGUAGUUUACGUAAACAAAACUUCAGCCUCCUUGAAGAGUUGCAGGUGGCAAAUGCAAAGAUCCAAAACCUAGAGGGCAUGGUUGAGACGUUGCUGAACAAUGAAAGCAAGCUGAAGCAGACAAUUCUCACUCUAGAACUGGAGAGGAAAACAUUGCUAGAGACAGUGAAGGAGCUGCGCACAGGCUCACCAGUUCCCAGUGGGAAACCUCUUCUUACCCGGCAAGAGCAUAUGGAUGCUGCUAACUGACAGUGGAAGACCUUGCAAAAGUGGAAAGCUCAGCACAGACAAAAAGGGAAGAAUCUUCUGAAGUCAUCAUUAGAACCUUUCACAUUGUUCAUGCCUUAACUUUGCACAAAAGAGAAGCAUGUUCCUAGCAGGGGAAACUCUUGCUUGUUCGCAUCUAAAAUAUCUAAUGUUUUUUACGGAUAUAUAGAUAUAUGCAAUAUAACAUGCAGAAAAAUCUUUCUGCUGCCUUUUUUCUCUAUGUUUUUGACUGAUUCAUUGCCAGUCCAUUUUUAAACACUUGUGGCUCCAGACUCCAUGUUUAUGUGUUCCUCUACCAAAGGGCUUCAUGUUGCUUAUACAAUGAACAUUUGGGAAACUCUUCUUAAAUUAUCAUGUACUGCAAAGUUGAUGGAGAAUUACAUCACAGGGAUCUCCUGAACGGAUUUCUUAUAGCUGUUUAACGGACUACAGUAUAGUCAUAUGUGUUUUUAAUUUUUAUGUUUAUGGCACUGUUCUUGUUCUCUGCUUGAAGAUGAAUUGUUCACACUGAGCUUUUAAAGAUCUUCUAUUGCCUGAAGACAUUAACAGAGUGAACUCCAGCAAGCCAAAUUUCCUUAUAUAACUUUGAAGGUUGCCUUCUGUUGUUAGGAAUGUUAUACUGUAAUUGAGAAGAGUUUUGGUAGCAAUUUAAUGUCCAAAAUUAUAAUUUAAUGUGUCAAAUUCCGAUGGUCACUAUUUUUCUCCCUCCUGAUAAUGCAUACUGGCAAAGUCUGACUUUUUUCAUAUCAUUGUGGUGAGUCAUGCCUUAAAAUGUUAUUUUAUUUAUUAUUUUUAAAUCAUUGUUUGUUGUAAGCAUUUGGUUUACAAAUGGAAAUGUAAUAACUGUCUGCUUUACUGUCAAGAGUUAAUUGGACACAAACCACCUUGAUACAAUCUUGCUUUUCAAAUAUUUCUGAAAUUGUGGAGGUGUGUUUUGCUGGUUAAACAAUAGACGCACUUGUAGCACAAUCUUA